AUGGAUCCAGUACAGGAGAUCAACUUGGCAAAAGAAUUAACAAAAGAGGAGCAGCCAGAUCUCAACAAUGUAGACAGCUUCCGAAAAAGGCAAACAAGGUUGGCAGACCAUGUUCAGCAGAUCGCAAGCAGAAGUUACGGGACUGGCAAAUAUGCUCUCAAAAAGAAAACUGGGAAGGGUAAUCUUUUGGACAGAUGGAAGGUUGAGGAAAUACAUUCAGUUGAGAUAGUUCAAAACCAAUAUCCAACAGUGCCAAGCCAGAAUCCAAUUUUUGAGGGAUCCCAGUUCUCUUCAACUUUUGGACAAGAGCACUUGUUAGGCUACAUCCGCACUACACAAACUGAGUCAUUCGUACAUGCACCUUCUCUGGACUGGGAGCAGCAGCAGGGAUGCCAGUUCAACGUUGAUCCAUCUAUACCAACCCCUGAUUGGGACAUGGCGCCAAACGACGACAGCUUGGGGGCUCCUUACAAGCCCAAGUCUGUGGAAGUAACUCCAUCUGAUGACCUGGAGUUGUAUAAUCUUGAUGAUCAAGAUUUCAGCUUCCAAGCAUUGGACAUGGAUUCAGUUGCCAAAGGGGCGGAAGAUGGGGGUAUGUUGUUGGACCCAGAUGGUAAUGCUGUUGAGACCUUGGCCAUGCAAUCACUCAAAGAUGCAGCUGCAUUGAUUGGCUGUACUCAGACUUCAAUUGCAAAGGCUCUGAAGAAAAGAGGUCAAACAAAAGGUAUCCUAAGGAACACCUGGAAAGUUGAGGUGUGUGAUACACCCAAAAUAACCGAAAACAAUCGCUACAUGAUAAAGCAGCUAGAUGAAGCCAAAUUCCCAGGCACAGAUGGAAAUCCUGUUGACAAGCUUUUCAUGCCAACUUUCAAGGAAAUAGCCGCGUUCAUUGGCUGUUCUGAGUUUGCAAUCACUAAUGCCUUGAGGAAACCAGGUGCAAAAAAAGGUUCCAUCAGGAGUACCUGGAAGAUUGAGGUAUGCAAAUAUGAUUGA